AGAGAGAGAGAGGGAGAUAGAGAGGAGAGGGAGAAAGAUAAAGAGAGAUAAAGAAAGAGAGAAAGGGAAAGAGAGAGAGGGAGGGAGAAAGAAAAAAACACCUAGUCACGUUGACGUUGCGUUUUCCCUAAUCGCGACCGCUCGAGAAAGAGAAAGAAAAAAGUAGAACCUUCUGUUUUAUCUCAAACGCGAUAAACUAGACACGUCAGGUGUAGACAUAGAGAAAGGAGAAUGAAAAACGUGCGGGGGUUGUGGUGGUACGUUCUCUGCGGCGCCAUUGUUCGCGUUUCAACAUAUCCGGUGAACAAAAGUGACCAAACACGAUCCGAUCUCGAAGCUUUUUCUACCGAUUAUAUCAUCAAAGAUUUGUCACCACCUAAGUUUGUUGAUGCGGACAGAGGUCUGGAAGAUUUCGAUGUUGAGCCAAUGGAUAAAAAAGAUACAAAGGAACCCUUAAUUUUGGAACCGGACGCAGAAAUGUUACCACCUAAUUACAAAGGUGUUAUACCACCCGGCGUAGAUCACAUGGAACUUGUUCUUCGUGAACCGCAGGUAAUGGCUACCGGUUCGGAGGCUACUAGAUACGUGUUUUCAAAUCAAGCGUCUCAAGGAGUAAAGAAUGAGAAGGGUCGUAAGAAAACGGUUGAAUUUGAAAAGAGCUUGAAGGGUGAGGAAGAGAAAGAGAAACAGAAGAAAGAUUAUGCUGAAGCGGCUGGCAAGAAAAAAGCACAUACCGUGAUCAAAAACAAUUUUAGUGGGCGAAAGGAUCAGUCAUUUGACGAAAAAGGUGGAAGCUAUGAGAUUGAAGGUAAUCGCAAUAAAGGUCAUAACGCUGCUGGCUUUCACAAUGUUUAUCAUAAAGACGAAUACAAAAAAGAUGCUGACUUUUAUGACAACGGUCAUCAAGGUGGACACUUCAAGAAACAUGGAAGAUACGGCGAGAAACAUGGUUCUCUUGAACGUUCCUAUAAGAAGGGCUUAAGUCACGAUUCAGCCUUCGACUUGGCCGAAGCCAAAAAAGAAGGAGAAUCGAAGAAGUCUCGGGUCAAUGAAGAAGCCCAAGGUCAUGUUGCUGCGCAAGGCUACGAUGGCUUCUUCCAUAAUUUCGACGAAUUCAUUAAAAAAGCAGGACUUGUUGAGGGUUAAAAGUAUUCUUUAAUGGACGUGGAUGCAUUUUAAUAAAGUGUAUUCGAUUAUUGUUGAUUAUGCAUGAUUAAACCGUAGGCUCACGUAUUAUUGAUUAUCGAAGAGAUUCCUAUUUAUUUAUUGCACAGUGCUAGACAACAUUUAUAUCUUGAUUAAUGAAACGAUAAAUCUUUAAAAAAUAUGUUCUAAUUCUUCUCGUUCAAUAGCGAAAGUUUCGAAAAAUGUAUUUUAUAGCAUUUACCUAUAUUGUAAACGAUUAGAAUGUAUAUAGAGAAUACAUAUAUUGUACGUACAAAGAUUA